GGGAGGUGCAAAGAGGAGGAUUGGAUUAAAAAGCAGACGACGAGACGCACGAUCAAUCGUGUGAUUCCUCAGUUAUUUUUAUUUAUUAUUUAUUCUUCUUGUCGUUGCUCUUUCGCAAGAGCAGGUGCCGCUGGAAUAAAUGCAUCCUUUUCGAACGUCCUUUCAUUCGUUGUAUCAUACGGUGCGUUAAACUUGUAUCAGUGUCCGAAACGAGUGACGAGCGGAUGAACAAGAUCGCUCUCGGAUGCUGUGUCAAAGUGGGGGGCCCAUUUCUCACACAUUUUCGACGGAAAUAACUCGCGGUUCAGCCAUUAUCGUUAAUUAUUUGAUGUGUACACUAAACCUAACAUUGCAGCGGGGUUCAUAAAAAUCGCAAAUCAAACGAGCGAGUGGUAGAGUCGAUGAGUUAAUAAUUGGAAAAAAUAAAUAAAAAAAACAAGUUUUUUUUUGGCAGUGUUCGAAUAUUAAAAUGUGAUCGAUAAAAUCAUCGUUGAUAUAGCUACGGAUGACCUUAUUCGUUCGACAACAUUCUACGAAGUCUACGCAUCGGCACUGGUGGCAAUUAUAUACUUUGUUCGUUCCACCCUCUUUUUCCUCCCUUUCGCGGUCGAAAAAGUUGAUAUAUUAGGCUAUAGGCUGAAUAAUCAGACUGCGAAAAACGAAUAGAUCACCGUGCGGUCACGAAACUCGAGCGAGCGGGAGACGGAUUUAAUAAACAAAACAAAAAAGUCAUAUAAAAGAGGUUUAUAAGAAAUUGGUGUUAACAGGAAGUCCGCUUCUCCCAGUAGAGAGCAUAUGUGGAUUCUCGUGAAUUGAUGCAAGAGCCACGAGUUUCGAAGGGCGACGGCGGUGGGGGGGAUGGUGGCGGUGGUGGUGGCGCAGACGAAGGGAACGACGAGGACGACGGCGACGGCGACGGAGAACGUCCUCGCUAGAUAUAUCGACACUAGUAGCAGGGGCCGGUAGUCGCGCCGGUGGCGGCGUUCGAAACGGAGUCUGCUGUUCGAUGCGGUCGUUUGAACGUCAAACGAAUCCCUCAAAAAAUUCAAUCGUUUGCCUUUCGUAUUUUCCGGUGAUUUCGUAUUCGUUCAACUCCCCAUCCCACUUUUUUACUUUGCCGUGACACUUUUGUAUUAACCACUGUGCGAUUACAAACGAAAGACAUUAAAUUCCCUGGCUUCGUACUCUUCCUUAAAUCUUUUCGUGUUCGUUCGUAAUCACCGGCACAAAAAUUCGCCAGUUAUACUUCGAUAUCCAUGUAAGUGUUAACGCGUACCACGAGAGAUUUCGAGGAUCAAAUAUCAAGCUGGAAUACAGUGUGUCGUGAAUAAACGAAUAAUAUAUAAUACAAACUUGAUUUUUUCCGUUGAGAAUCGAGGAAAAACUUACGCAUAUACCGUGUAUCACCGAAAAUAUAUUCUCCGAACCCCUGUGAACGAUGAUUCGCAGCCCGUAAAAGACUGAAAGUAAAAUAAAGCCAGAAGAGGUGAGGGCUAAAAAGGGAAGGAAAGGAAUAGAGAUAGCAUGAACUUCAUAGCACGAAGAAAUUGGGCCUUGCGCCUAUCGAUAGUGCUGAACAUUUGCGUCGUAUUGUACGUGUGUGCACAUUUGACGUCGUCGGGUCCAUGGAUGGAGGAAACACCGAGCAAUUGGGGUGGCUCGAACGUGCCAGUCCCGUUGGCCGAAACUUAUGGAUCUCCCGAAAAUCUCCAGAUCAAUUCGAGUCAACGAACGAAAGGAACAUCGCUUACGAAUUUAAAACAAAAAACGACAAAGAACACGAGCGAAGCUACGGAUAAACGUAAACAAAAUACCGACAAACUCACCAAACUGGAUAUCUCUACUGCCAGUGAAAAUAAAAAAAAGGAACAUUCCGGAGCCGGUGACGCGGGUGCCGACGACAGGCGGAAUGAAUCAACGACAAAAAAAUCUGCAUCACAGGACUUAAAAAAAAAUAGCAAAACGGUUGUGGGAUCGAAAGCUUUGACCAAAGAGGCUAUACGCUGCAACGAAAAAUCGUCCGAACCGAGGACAGCUCAACGGGGAGAUUACUGGGUUCUUUACAAUUAUGUGCCAAUGAGCAUGAAUGUGAGAUGUUGGGAAAGCGUGACCUACGCAACACACGGAGACUACACUUUUCUCGACAAUCUCGAGCCGUUACUCGAAAGAUGGCGUGCUCCGAUCUCGAUAGCCCUUUACGCACCGGGAACAGAUUUCCAGCCAACGUUGAAUUCGAUUAAAUAUGUGAGAAGUUGCUCCGGUCCUCUCGUCUCUCAAUUAGUUACUUUUCACAUCUAUUUCAGCAGCAAACACGUACCCAAAGUGGUACCGCGGAGCGAGAAAAUCCUUUCAGAGAACUACAACUGCAGCCUGGCUCCGCCUUGGUCAAAAGUGUCUCCUGCUUCAAUGUACAGGAACGAAAAGAAACUUCUUUACCCCGUGAACGUGGGCCGUAAUAUCGCGAGAGAAUGCGCACCGACUCAUUAUCUCAUCGUGAGCGACAUCGAACUCUAUCCGAGUCCGAAUUUAUCCUCGACGUUUCUCGAAAUGAUAACGAAGUACGAUCAACCGGUCCUCUUGAAACCGAAUCCAAAAGUAUUCGUACUGUCGAUUUUCGAAGUCGACGAAAAAAGUACACCACCGUCCAACAAGACUGCACUCAUAGCGAUGUUGAAAAAUGGAACGGCGAUACCAUUUCACAAAAAACUGUGUGCAGCUUGCCACAAUGUGCCAAAAAGCAAAGAAUGGCAAGAGACACCACAGUCGAGUUCCCUUCGUGUGUUUCACGUGGGUAAAAGAACCGGCAAGUUUGUCCAUUGGGAGCCAAUAUUUAUUGGUACGAAUAAUGAUCCGAUGUAUGACGAGAGACUCAGCUGGGAAGGAAAAAGUGACAAAAUGACGCAGGGUUACGCGCUCUGUGUUCUCGACUACGAUUUUUUGAUCCUGGACAAUGCGUUCCUCGUGCAUCGUCCGGGUAUAAAGAUCUACAAGAAGGAUCCUCGGCGCGACUCUUUGACUGCCAAGACAAAUAUGCUUAUCAAGAAAAUCAUUGUUCCAGAGCUCAAGGUCAUAUAUGGAACGAGGAAAGAUUGCGCGGUGUAACCCAACGCUUAUCGGCGGGUGCAGCAGCGUGCACGCCACCGUUUUGUCACUCCUAAAAAAGUGUCGCAUCAUUGCGAAUCUCGAGUCCCUUGAAUGGCGACGAUAACAAAGAGGAAUCACGAUUUUUCCGAAGGCUCAAAUCUUACGUAUUUCUCGCUCUCGCUGAUUCCUAUUAUUUUAAGUGCUUUUCAACGAUGACCGUCGGACAAAUCGCCCAAACGAAAAAUUCACACUCGUUUCUUGACCGAUCGAUGGAGUUUUAUUAUGAACAAUAUAGUUUGUGCGAUAAUCGUCCGCUGUUUUCUCAAACGAGACUGCGAAAAUGAACUGGACGCCUCGACCAAAGAAGCUUUAAAACAAAAUGUUGAAAAAAUGGAUAAAAUUGUGGUGCAAUGAUAUUGGAUCGCGUCGCACCGGAAACAAAAUCCUCUGCGCUGUAAAUAAGACGUACGAGUACCUAAAUAACUUGUGUUUCAUCGUGAUCGAUAAAUACCUGAUGUAUAAUUUAAUCCUCGUGUAAGUGUACUGUCUCCCAGACUACACUCAUCGAUGCUCCUGAAUUACUCACAUAUACGACAUUGAAGUUUGCAACGUUUGAGUCCAACGAAAUUAACGAAAAUAACAUUUGUAAUUCACCAAUUUUUUAUUCCACGAAUCAUUGGGUGUAGGCUAAUAAACUACGAAUUGCAAAUUAGGCAGGUAAAACAGAAUUGGAGAAUUGCUGGAAUUAUUGGAGAGUUUUUUUAAGUCAUUUCGUUGUACUCUAACGUUCCAAAAUUCAGGCGUCAUUCACAUGUACACACAAACACGAAUAGACAUACAAUGUUGCGAACGGAAUACAUUUUUUAUUAUUAAAAAAAAUUCUUUUCAAUACCGUUCAAGGACGUUUUCAUAGAAUAACGCCACGUGACCGAUUUCUAGUUUUUUCUUCGCCUUAUUUCUAGACAAUGAAUACACAAAUUCAACUGCGGAAAAAACUUGGAAUGAAUUCCGAAAUUAGAAUUGAGAAAAAAUGAUUUAUUUUGCUUUCCGUGCAACACUGUGAAUUUCAAUAAUGGUAUUACACGUAGAAAAAUGUAGAACACAGACGACACAUAUUUUUUUCGUAAGAUAACAAAAGUCGAUGCUGGUGAAACGGAGAAGAAUUUUGAACUGAGGAUACAAUAUUGUUUUUGAAGUUUGAAUCGUCAAAGUGCAACGGAUGUGUUUGGAGAUUUGAGCACGAAAUAAUCAACUUUCUUACGAGCUUAAUUUUGAUCCUCGAAAAAUUUGAAAAAAAGUUAUUCCCGUUGCGAUUCAACGAUACGAACUGCAAUGCCAUGAUAAUAAUAAAUAUCGCGUUGAAAACUUAGAAACGAACAAGGUUCGGAAAUAACACAAUCUUGUGGGACUGAAAAAUAUAACUUCAAAUACUACAAAAGUCUGUCUGCGAAAAAGGUUUUUUAUUCUAAUAUUAAAAUCAUUUUGUUUCUUGAGAUGAAGUGCGUGAUUGACUUACGAAAGUAUUUUAACCUAAAUAUUAAAAUGGAGACAAUAGUUUAUUAGAUUGGGUUGUAUAGAUUUGAAAAAUCCAUGAACUCUCUCCGCUAAUAUCCUGGAUCAAGAGAUUGACGAUAAAAUGCGAAUUAUUCAAGCAGGAAAUGAAUAGAAUUAACGACAUUUGGAUUCGAUGCGUUGGAAUGCAACCGAAUAUCUUUUUCUUUUUAUAAUUCGAAUAUAUAUUUGUUAAUAAUAAGUAUUAGUCUGCAAAAAUUGUAUUUUUCAGGGAUCCAUGUUGGCAUCAAAAUUUCGAAAAAAAAACUUUUCUUCAUCAAAUUGCAAGAUGAAUCAAUAAAAAUUAUAAAUGUUUCGGCUGCAAUCCAACGACGGAAGCUACCGUGUCAUUAGAGUAUGACCCCGGAAUUAUGCUAUUCGCAAAUGAUUUCCUGGCGUAAACCUGGAUUCAAGUGAAUCUCGGUGCUAUGGAAUAUUAUGUUGCGACUGAUGCAUUCUAUAUUCCUUCACGAAAAUAGUAACUGUAAUAAUGACAUGUAUUACGUGCCUUAACGUCUCCUGCUUAUCUGCGUCGAAACAAACGGGAGUCGUUCGUUUUUUUCCUCCGUGUUUAUUUGAAGCGUAUGUUAUUAAUGUUUGAGCCAAAAAGGGUACGAAUAAUAGUUUCAGUGAUAUUUCCGAUGAGCUGUUCAGAGUGAUAUUUAUUGAACUAUUAAUCAAAAAUAAGUUACGAAAGAAGUAGUAACUCGGCAGACAUUUUUUGAAAAAUUCUUCAAUCGACAAAAUUUUUGCUCUCGAGACGACUUUAUUUUCGUCUUUCUACAAUCGUAAUUUUACGAGUUGAGCCAGCAAUGGUAGAAUGUAAAAUACAAAAAUUGGAAAACAAACGUAGAAAAGAGAGUAUAAGUAUAGGCUGAAAGAAUUUUACAUUGUUCCUGCGUGGCUUCGAUCGAUAGCGAGGAUUGACAAAACGAAAAUUAUUUAAACUUACCGUCACUUGUGCAGUCGCAGGCAACUGCAACGGAACAAACACGGAUAUCUCGAGUACUUUGUAAAUAGUAUUUAUAAUGUGUCAAUGCGAAUAUUCAGUGAUUCUCCGUUAUUUGUUUUUAUUUCGAUUCGAACGUAUCGUGAUGAACGAAUAAAUAUACCUUUUCCAUACGUA